CGGCAACAUGGCGGCCUUCAGGACGGGGCACGGUCUGUGAAUCUAUCCGCACCAUGACCGCGGGUGGGAACGUCACGGCGGCAGCAGGUCGGUAACGUGAGGCGCGUGGAAAUGUUAACGUGUUUUGGGCGGGCUGCCGCUCCGUUGCUUCGCGUGUCCGCGUGCAGUCCCGGGAGUGUGUGUGGGCUCGCGCCCGCACUAUGGCGGGUGGCGCACACACCUGUCGCUCAGCGCUUGAGCCCCACACGGCACCAGGUGAGCGUCUCGUGGUUCUUCAGACUGAAAUGGACAGACGUGCGUGCGUCGUGCUGGACCAAGCAGGUUCCUGGACACGCGCGGGGGACCGUGCACGCGCACCACGUUUGUUUGGAGAGACCAGCGGGCGGUUUCCGGUCCCCGUUGACCCAGAGAGCAGGUCGAGGACUCAGCAGCGGAACGCCCGAGGAGGCGGCGGACCGGGAGGAACCGGGGCUGGUACCAGGACACGGACUGUUCAAGUUCAAAGAGCUGUAUGAAAACCCAUGGACCAUCCCCAACCUGCUGUGUGUGUGUCGGAUUCUGCUGGCUCCCUACCUCGGUUACCUGGUCAUCCAUCAGCACUUUGACCUCAGUCUGUUUCUCUUCACAUUGGCUGGAGCUACUGACUUGUUGGAUGGUUUCAUUGCGAGGACGUGGCCCAGUCAGAAGUCUGCUUUAGGCAGCGCUCUUGACCCUCUGGCUGAUAAGAUUCUCAUCAGUAUUUUAUACAUCAGUCUCACGUACGCUGAACUUAUCCCAGCUCCACUGACAGCUUUAGUGAUUUUCAGAGACAUCGGUUUGAUCGCUGCUGUCUUCUGGGUCAGAUACAAGACUGUGCCUCCACCGGUGACUCUUAGUAAGUUUUUUAACCCCUGCUACACUACAGCACAGCUAAAGCCCACUUUGAUCAGCAAGGUGAACACAGCCAUCCAGCUGUGCCUGGUUGCAGCGUCCCUGGCUGCUCCAGUCUUCCAGUACACUGACAGCGUCCUGCUGCAGAGCUUAUGGUACGUUACAGCUGUGACCACAGCAGCAUCAGGAUACAGCUACUGGCACUACGGCCGCAAGACCGUUGAGGUUCUGAACACCAAAUCUCCAUGAGGACCGCACCUGGAGACAGAUGGGAACCAGACGUAAACCAGGAAGCAGCUUCUGCAGAGAUACUUGUAGCAACCGAGGGACGGACAGAUGGACGGAACGAUCGCUAGGAGCUUUGAAGACGAGGAGCUGCGACAAUCAUUUAUGGGUCCCCAUGGUGAUGGUGCACAGAUGGUUUGCUGCAGACACCAGUGGAAAAGCAGCUCUGCCACGUGUCUGGUCCAGAGCCGUGCGCUCAGAUAAAAACAGCAAACACAAACAUAAAUAGAGCGUCCGCCCACACCUUCAAACACGCCCGUCACCAAAUCCACAUCAUUUCUUUUUAUUUCUUCAAUCAACAGGAUCCACAGAAUGAUUAUUAGUUUUGUAAGCCAUUGAUUUGUGAUUAAAAACAGAAAAUCUGCUUUGGUUCUGUGUUUGUAUGUGAAUGUUCUGGAUGUUUGAAGGAAUUUAUCAUUGAGGGGGUGGGGGUAGAAUCAUGUUUAACUAAAUGGGAUAGACGUCCGACAGCUGAUCCAUUUACAGGCAGCAGUCAGGAUUAAGAUCACC